AUGGAGGCGCUGGAGUCUUCUGGUUUCCGGGCCGAGUCACAAAGGCCCCGAGACAUCACCGAGGAAUACGACGAGUUCAGUGGUAGCCCCACCCUAGUCCUGUCGCUCAUCGCCACCGGGAGCGACGAACCUGAUGCAGUUAAUGUAGGCCCCGAUGAGGGCACAAGCUUUGUGGGCAACAUUCGACGAAUGUCGGAGCUGCCAGUCGUCACGCUGGACUUGGGUUCCGUCAGCGGAUUUGUGAAUUCGUCAGUCGCCAAGUCCGUCGGUACCGUCGGUGACGGAUGCUCAGACGACAUGACAAUGCCUUCGUCAGCCGCCAAGCCAGCCGCCGGGGUAGGAACAGUUAGCACAAUUCCAAAUACCCCAAUUCUCAGCAUGCACAUAGAUCCGCCACCGACAAUUCUAAUAAUGAGGUGGGGGGUAGCAACCACUCAUCGAGGGAACAUUCCGAAGAACGAUGAGACAGAAGACUUCUACGAGCCUCAAGCAUUGUCAAGGAUCCGUGGGCUGCUGGCCGUCGUGCCAGACCGGGGAGAUGAGGAUGGUUCAACAUCCCCCGAUGGGAAUGCGGGCGGCGAUGAUGAUGAUACGGGGUGGAGUGGAGGUGCUAUCCAGGGUCGGUGA